CAUAGCUCUUCAUUGACGUAUUCCAGCUCUUAUCCGAACCAUGAGUGUUCUUGUACUUGCACUGCUUGUGGUAGCGGGCGUCAGCGGCCAGAUUUGUUGAAUCCGAGAAGCAAGGUGCAGCUGCACGCGUCAAGGACCUCAUCGAUAGGAAAAAAACAUGAUGAGCUAAUGAAGGCUGCAGAUCGCAUUUAUGAGCAAAAUCCACAGGCAUCACGAAGGAGCAUGCUCGAAUUGAAUGGAAUCUUGGCCGAACGAAGGGAAGCUAUCGAGAGCUCCUUGAGCAAACAUGAGAAAGAAGAGCUUUCAAAAAGAUUGGAAAAUUUCAAAAGAAGAAAUGUUGAUGAAGUGCAACCAAGAGGAGACUCCAUCGAGGAAAUCAAUAGAAAAAGUGGAGUAGCGGACGCGCUGUUCCAAGGAGAUAUAAUUCUUUCAAAAGAACAACAGGAGCAACUUGUUGCGGAUCUGACCCAAUUCGACCCAAACGGCAGGCACAAAAUGACAAGAGCUACCCUGGUCAUAGAUGGUCGUGAGGCCAGGACUGCUUUCAAGAAAGCAGCGCAGUUAUGGAUGGAUGACACGUGCAUCGACUUCCAGGAAUAUAGAGGCAACAAUUAUGAAAAGCUUGAUGUUCUGGCAAUAUUGCACUGGUUGUUACUGUUUAGAUGA